AAAGAGAAAGAAAAAAAAAACUACCCUUUCUGUGUUUUUCUUUUCUUUUUCUUUUUCUUUUUUUUUUUGAACUCGAUCCCUUACAUUCUUUUUUUUAUAUAUCUUCCCUCCUCCGUUUUAAGUAGAGAAGAAAUAUAUUCGACAAAAUAUAUAUCUAUUGGAAUUGACAUACAUAUACAUAUAUACUCUGAAACAAUGUCUCUUUUACGACUUUUCAGUCACAAAGCACCCCUUUUCAAAGCAGCUGCGAAACAAUCAUAUCUUUGGAAGAAUACUAGUAUGAAGGCAUUUUCUACAACUGGAGCUCUACUACAUGGCAAAUCGGAUAUCUCCCGUGGUGAAGGACCAUAUACCGUUCACUUCAUUACACCUGAAGGUGAAACAAUUGAUGUCAAAGCUACUGAAGGAGAUACCAUGUUAGACUUGGCUCAACGAUAUGAUAUUGAUCUGGAAUGUGCUUGUGAAGGAUCCUUGGCUUGUUCAACGUGCCAUGUUAUUUGUGAUCAAGAAUAUUUCGAUCGAAUGGAAGAACCAUCGGAUGAAGAAAAUGAUAUGUUGGAUUUGGCAUUUGGAUUGACAGAUACGUCGAGAUUAGGUUGUCAAAUUGAAAUGAAUCAAGAUUUGGAUGGAAUCACAGUGCGUAUCCCUUCAGCUACACGAAAUUUACGAGUAGAUGGCUCCAAACCCACUCAUCAUUGAUAGAUAGCAAGAAAUAAUCAUACCAUAUUGAAUAUAGUUUAGAAUUUAUACAUUUAUACUUAUAUUAUACGUUAGAAAUAAAAAAUAUAAAAAGAUUACUUUUGUUUCAAUGA